AUGGGAUUUCUUUUCGGGGUGUUAAAAAAGUUCCGAAAAUCACGGAAAGAUGUUCAAGAUCAUGCUAAUUUGAGUGAUGCCACUCAUAAGGAUUUGUCCUCAUCAUUUAUCGAGCACCAGCUGGACAUAACCAAACUUUGCGACAAGUUUUUCUUCUCAAAAAUCGAUAUUUCCGAACCCAAAAAAUCCAAGGGUCUCAGUGAACUAGAAGCUGCUGAAAAGCUGAAAACAGACGGUCCAAAUGCAAUUCCACCACCAAAAUCCAUCAGUAAUUGGGAGCUCUUUUUCAGACAAUUCAAAAAUCUUCUCUGGCUCCUGAUGUUUGGUGCAGCUGCUCUUUGCUUUGUCACCUAUAUUUACGAUCCAUCGGACCCUGUCAAUCUGUACGUCGGAAUUUUCAUCGUAGGAAUUGUCUUUUUGAUGUGUGUCGUUUCAUUUUUCGAGGAGAAAAAAGGAGUUGAAGUGGUUCGGGCAUUUCAGACCGAAAAAUAUCUGAAAAAUUGUAUCGACGCAAAUCGACACAGAGUCGACUCGCUUGUCGUGUCGAUUCGUGUCGAUACUACGGAGCAAUUCCGAGAGUCGAAAGUUUUGCUUUUGGGCGAUAGGACAAGUCGAAAAAAACAAUAUUUCAAAAAUUUCUUCAAAAUUUCAAACGCCUUCUUUUUCACUUUGAAAACGUCGGGAAUUCAUGAAAUAAGUAUAAUUUGUUAUUCAGGGGACCAAAAUGGAUAUCGAAAAUUCGUCUCGAAAAAAACAAAAAAAAAGAAUUACCACAGUGGGGUUCGAACCACCAUAGUCACUCCUAAUGAGUCUCCCUCUUACCACAACACCACACAAUCGAUGUUUUUCCCUGGCGCGGAGGGCCAAGUCCUCAACCCGGAACACCUCGUCGUCGGAGACAUUGUAAUCGUCCGUUCCGGAUGCAAAGUCCCAGCUGACAUUCGAAUCAUCGCCUGCACAGAUUUCUAUCUGGAAACCAGCUCAAUCACCGGUGAAGCUGAGCCAUUGGAGUUUAAUUCAAAAACCGCUGAUGCUCAAACAACAAUCUUCGAGUCUUAUAACAUUGCAUUCAAUGGAUCAUUCUGUGUAGACGGCGAGGGAUACGGUAUUGUGAUUCGAACUGGAGAGAGGACAGUAAUCGGUCAAAUUGCUUCCUUAACUCUUGGACAGAAGGAUAAAAAGUGCAAAUUUGAAACUGAAAUCGAGCGUUUCGUUCAAUUCAUCACCAUCAUGGCCAUCUCCAUGGCUACCGUAAUCUUCACCAUUGGAAUUAUUGUAAAUGGUGGAAAGGAUGUGAUCCGGCUAUUUGUCACUGGAUUUUUAAUGGUUAUUAUUGCAAAUGUUCCUCAAGGACUACCAACUACAGUAACCACGGAGCUAACAAUUAUUGCUAGACGAAUGGCAAAAAAGAAUGUGUUUUUGAAGAAGUUGGAGAAGAUUGAUAGUGUUGGCGCGACGACACUGGUUGCAUCUGAUAAGACGGGGACGCUGACUAAGAACUGUAUGACUGUGACGGAUUUGUGGUAUAAUAACUCGUAUAAUAGUGCAAGACCCGAGAACACCGGUCGUACCACUCGAAAACGGAACAUGAGCGCGCUGAGCACAAUGGAAUGGUAUCAAACUCCUCUUUUGGAUAUUCUGAAUGUGAUUUGUGUAUGCAACAAGGCCAGAAUCGAGAACAACUUAACCACAAAAACUCGGCCACCGAGAAUUGACUCCGAACUGAAUUUCAAUGCCUAUUACGACAAGCCAGCUAAGGAACUAGUGAUUUCUGGAAAUCCUUCAGAAGUUGCACUUCUUCGUUAUGCCUCCGGAAUGAUUGACGCCACAGAAGUCCGAAAUCACUUCCACGUGGUUUUCGAAAUCCCCUUCAACUCUCUAAGAAAGUACCAUCUGAUGCUAGUGAUCACAGAGAGCACUUGGCAAGGAUUUGAGCAGAAAAAACGGGAUAACGAGGAGGUAGAGUACACUUUAAUGAUCAAAGGAGCUCCAGAAGUGCUAAUCAAGAAUUGUUCAACAUUGAAUAUCGAAGGAACACCAGUGAAGCUAGAUUCAAGGAGAAUGGAGGACUUCAACGAUGCCUAUGAGACAUUUGGAGAUGAAGGAUGUCGAGUGAUUGGUUUUGCUUGCAAGAAAUUUCGAGCAUUGGCGACUACAGUGUUUACAGUAAAGUCUGAAACAAUACCGAUGGAUCAAUGGGAUUUCUUGGGGAUGAGUGCAAUUAUGGAUCCCCCCAGAGACGAUACUCAACGAGCUAUCCAGGCUUGCAAGAAUGCUGGAAUCAAGGUCUACAUGGUCACCGGGGAUCAUAAAUCUACAGCCACCGCCAUUGCCCGCCAAAUUGGAAUGAUUGAAACUGAAGAGGUCACUACUUUCGACAACCAUCAGCAGACAAUCAGAAGGACCCAAAACCAAGACUGGGCGGUUAUCACGGGACCAGAGCUUCCAGGACUAAACUCUAAACAAUGGGAUGCUCUCCUAGAGCAUCGCUACAUUGUCUUCGCUCGAACAACACCUGAACAUAAGCUAAUGAUUGUAACAGAAGCCCAGAAACGAGGAGAAUGUGUCACUGUCACCGGCGAUGGUGUCAAUGACGCUCCUGCUCUUAAAAAAGCGGAUGUGGGCGUUGCUAUGGGAUUAGCAGGAAGUGACGUGGCGAAACAAGCUGCUGAUAUUAUUCUGCUAGAUGACAACUUCUCUUCAAUCGUCGCUGGAAUCGAGGAGGGUCGAUUGCUAUUUGACAACCUCCGAAAAACUAUUGCUUACACUAUGACCCAUAUGUGGCCAGAGUUAGUCCCUGUAAUGUUGAAUUUCUUCUUGGGAUUCCCUCUAGGCCUAACCCCAGUGCAAAUUCUCUCUAUCGAUCUUAUCACUGAUAUCCCUCCUGCAGUAUCAUUGGCAUAUGAAGGUCCAGAAGCAGAUAUCAUGCUACAACCGCCACGGAAACAAACCACUCAUCUUGUGACCAAGGGCUUGCUAACGUACACGUACCUUUUUAUGUCAAUGUUCAUAUCGAUUGGUGGAGUUAUUGGAUACCUUCUCUCCUACUAUCUCAAUGGGAUCAAUCCCUGGGAAUUGGCAUUUACGGCAGCGAGCUACUUCAAAGUUGAAGCCUCUAACUUUACAACAAAUUCUGGAAUCAUUCUAAGCGAGCAUGAGCAAAUCCAUAUGGCUGCCCAGGCGGCUGCAGCGUUCCAUAUUGCGAUUGUUGUUGGACAGGCUUGGCAUUUAUGGAUGUGUUUGACCCGAAGAGUAUCGAUUUUCACUCAUGGAAUGGCUAAUAUUGUGGCUAUUCUCGCUGUGAUUAUUGAUUUGUUGCUGAUUUGCCUCUUUACGUUCACACCAGGAGUACAGUACAUUUUUGGAUCCGCUCCACCGCCAUGGCAGUGCUGGCUCGUGCCUGUCGGUGUUGGUAUUUUGAUUUGGAUCUUCAACGAGUGCCGAAAGUAUGGAAUCCGAAAUUUCCCCAAAAAUGCGCUCGUUCGUUUGGUCAAAUGGUAG